AUGGGUAGAUUGAGUUUACACAUGAUUGAUAAUGAACUAGAUAAGCCAUCAAAGUUUUCAUCUUCAAGCUUUUUGCCAGAGAAACGAAUACUUCAACUUCUACUUGACACUUUACAAAGGAAAGACACCUAUGAAAUAUUUAUAGAACCAGUUGAUCCAAAUGAGGUUGAAGAUUAUUAUGCAAUCAUUAAAGAGCCUAUGGAUUUUGGCACUAUUAGGGCUAAACUACAUGAGAAGAUGUACAAAACUCUCGAACAAUUUGAGCAUGAUGUUUUUCAAAUAUUUAACAAUGCAAUGCGUUUUAAUUCUCCUGGUACCAUAUAUUUUAGGCAGGCUCGUGUUAUAAAUGAGCUAGCUAAGAAAGUUUUUGAUGUAUUAAAGAAAAAUCCAGAGAAAUUUGAAAUGGAAUAUUCUGAAACGAGACAAAAAAUAAGAUCAAUUAAUCAAGAAGAUUUUAGAAAUUCAAGAGACCUUAAAUCCAAUGAAAUAACCUCAAAAACUACAUGGUGUUCAUCUCAUACAUCAAAUAAAAGAAGUUUUAAGACAAAUUGUCUUGAUGCUAAAGAUGUUAAGAUUACUAUAGGUACUAAAGAGUGUAACAAAAGCAAGUUUUUUGAGAUUGAUAGACAUGGUAUGUAUAAACCCUUCUACAUGAGCAAGGAGAAGUCUAUACUUCCAACAAUAAAUGGUGAACUAAAACUUCUUCAGCAUGUUGGUCAACAAGAUAUUAGCUAUAAAGAUAGCUUGAUGAUGUUUGCCAAAGAUUUAGGACCCAUUGCCCAAAAUAUAGCCAAAAGGAAAUUUCUUGCAUGUGAAAUUCUCAAAAAAGCAUCUGGUUCUGCUCCAUGCAAAAUAGAAAAUGAUACUUUCAACAUAUUCACUACCUCUUCCACGAUAUGUUAUCAUUUGGAUAAUGUUCCUAGUUAUCCUAACACAACAAGUCUCACAGAUAAUGUUGACAAAGAGAAAGGUUGCAAUCCUUUAAAAGGCAACACUUGGGAAUGUUACAAGUGGUGUGAUAAAGAGUUCUUAAGUAAGAGAUUUUAUUUUGAGCCAUGUUACUCAUGA